UUCGACGAAUGAACAAAACAUUUUUUUUUAAAUAUUGAAACUUCUAAAUAUAUAUUGUUUUUUUUCAACAGCAGUCUCAUCAAGCAGUGGGCGAAAACUACCUCUCCGAUAUAUCUGAACCAGUAUAUACAAAUAACACCUCUGCAUCUCAAUCUUACGGAAUGCACUCACAGGGACUAAUCGAAAACAGAGGAGCCUCAUCAUGUCUGCCACCCUCACCUCUCAGAAGUACAUUCAACCCGGGUGGAAGCAUGUUCAAUUUUACAUAUCCCGAAAUUACCUCGUUUGAAUCUCAAUUGUUGCAAAGAUUACAAGCUUCAAGCGGCUACCCGCCAUCCCCUUAUCAGUAUCUCUACUCACAAUCGCUGCCGUUUUUAUCACCGAAUGUAUAUAACCAACCGCUCUUGAACAAUAAUUACACUUUACAACCGCCUCCGCAAAAGAAAAUUCCGCCAUCGCCUUUGUUGAUGCGAAAUUCUUUUUGCGGGAGUACAGAGGCGGAGAAGCGAUUGAGCACAUCUAGAAACAGUGAGCCUAGACAGUUAUCAAACUUCAACGCUUUCCAACAUAGCCCACCUGUCCAGUAUAAUGCCAACCAGAAUGAGGCAUCUGCACAGAAUCAGUCCCAGCAUAUACAAUACCAGUUACAAGAUCGGAUGAAUUCGGACUCUAAAAUUCAGAAUUAUGGACAACAAAACCACCAACGAUUGCAAGUGCAGCGGCAGACGAGAGAAUCCUCACCACUUUCUCAUCCUCCCUCUAAAAAUGAACAGAAAGGUACUAACUUCAUCAAACCUCUAGCCCAAGUUGGUACGCUUACUACGACGGAUUCAGAAGGUAGAGUUAGAGUGAUAGUGCCUGUUCCUUCGGAUUCCACAGAAGACGUUAGUGACAUUUUUACGAAUUUGAGAUUAACUGACACCCUGAAGCCUAUGAACGGACCUGGGAUUACUAGAACUACUAGUGAAAAAGUGCCAAAUCGAAGCGAACUUAUGUCUCAAGUACAACGGACAAACUGGGCUAGACAUACAACCAAAUGAUGGACCGCUAAAGUCAAAGUGUUUAUAGUGCUUGAGUUGAACAUCCAUUCCACUGGUAGUCUUCGCCGACAACUACCGUAGGUACCAGUUUUUGCCCCCCCAUAGACAAAUGAUUGACAUAUUCCAAUAAAAUAGGAUGAAAAGUUGGAGUAGUAAUAUAUAGAUAUAUUAUCUUAGGAUUAUUUAAAAAACUUUGUACAGGUAAAUCAGAAAUGUAUUCCUUCUUAUA